CCAAACUUCACACAUCAUUCUCCCCCCUCUCAGCAUGAAGAUUAGCUUUGUCCCGCUCGCUUUCGUUGCCGCCCUGGCUGGCUUUGGCGAGGCACGAAACUGCACCCCUAAGCUUGAUCACUGCGGCCACUUCCUCCUUGACAUUGGCAAAUACUACUCCACGAUCUCUGACGAGCUCACCCGCGCGACCAAAGCAACGUGUUUCAAGAAAAGCCAGAUCAACGAUGCCCUCUUCUCGUGCGGUCCCAACGGAACUAUCAAGUUCAAGAAGUACUGCAAGAAUGGAUGCCAGGUCGGAGCUAUGGGAAAGCAUGACUACUGCUGGACCUAGGAGCAAAGCCUGUUUUAUUUGCUGAAGUUAAGAAUUUGCGGCGGUUCUUGGAGUAGUCAUUGAAACCAAGGAUCAGCAAGAAGCUCGCUUGGCGUGGCCCUCGUUGAGGGUUCAAAUCUCAUAAGUCUUGCAAUCAACUUCGCUAUAGCCCUUAGCUCGUCCCUUGUGAACUCUAGAUGCUUGUUGUUAUCGAAAUACACUUCUUCCAUCCAACUCUGCAACUUCCAAGCAUCCUGCUGCUGCAAUCCCUCCCCUUUCAUUUCUUUCCAUUUAACUUGCCACCUUGACGGUAGCUCAUCGUCUAUAAGCUCUA